UGGAUUCGGGAGGGGAACUAUUAAUUACCACACGCUCGCCAAGAAUCUAACCUCCUUGGUUCGAAACCAGCAUGGCCAACGCUCGAAGGAUCAGCGUCGGACUCCAACCCCAGCCAGUCUCCGAGACUCCACCUCCUCCCCCGCUGUCGCUUUCCUCUCCCUCCCCUUCGCCCGCCGCCGCCGCCGUCUCCUCCGUCGCCGUCUUCUUGAAGCGGCCCUCCGCCUUCCCCCUGCUGCUCUCCGUCUUCGUCCUCCUCACCUGGGUCUUCCUCCGGCUCGAGCACCCGACCUCGGCCGGCCUCCGCUCCUCCCUCUCCUCCGGCUUGUCCUCGUCUUCUUCUCGAUCCGGGACAGGGCCGGUCGAUGGGGCCGAUUCGGAUGCCAACCUCGUGAGAUUUAGCGCCGUGGAGUUCCCCUCGAAGAUCGCUAGGGAUUGGCGGGGGUGGCUGAUGGACCCCGUUACCGCUGCGCGAGAGGCUCGACUGCGUGGAAGAGCGUCAAAGUGUGCUUCAGUCCAUGUGGGUCAGAUCCAACCAGGUGGUUUAAGAGGCAAUCACCGGCAUCACACCUGCAAUGAGACGUUCAUCAUUUGGGGUGCAGACACAAAGUUCAGGUUGGAGAACCCUAAUGUGAAAGACAAGGGCUACGCAGAAGUCACCAUUCGAUACGAUGAAGUUGCGUUAGCCACGAGUCCAAGUGGGACUGCACAUGCUAUAAUUAAUGUCGAUCGUGUGCGGUCCACUUUUCUAUUGGGCUGUCAAGACAGUUUAAUAAAAACCAAUGCAUCAACUACUGAUUAUAAUGUGUGGAAAGACCUUUGACAUUGCUUUGGCGUAUGAGAUAUGGUGACCUUACAUUUUGUUUACUGAGCCAAACGGACAAAAGGGCAAACCUUGUGAGGUUGUGAUCCCUUAGUCAUCGUGUUUGCUUAAGAUGCCAUCCUUGUUUUACGCAACUGAAUCGUCACCGGAGGCUGAAUUUUGUAGGUCUUUGUAUUGAUGAAUGUCCUUCAUGUAGAGAGAAAAAAUACUGUAAGGUCUUCUUUUAGACUUGAUCCAUAUAUAGGUAUUUCUCAUAUGUCUCUGCAUUUUUUGAACGAUGCUUGAGAUGCUUCUGUUGAUAUAACUAUGACAAAUAGAUCGAUGUUAUUAGUUGCCACUGA